AUGGCAUAUAGGUUCAUCACCAGCCGGGUUGUGCCAGCUUCAAACCGGCUGAACAGAAGAUUCCUCUUCAUAUUCACGCUAUCUUUAUCCUUGAUUUAUUUAUGCUAUAGCGUCCUGUUCUGUUCCGAGACCAUCAUGCAAAGCCAGACUACUGAGGAUAAUCGGUGCCUGCUUUUACAGCAUGUCGGGAGUAAAAAACUUUUGCAAAAAUCGCAUUACUGCACUUUUCCUAUUGACUCGAGAAAUCUCCGGGAUGAGACAUCAAACAUAGGUCUUACUCGGCAGGGAACAAACCCCGUUCACGACCGAAGUAAACAUCUCGAGUUCUCCAACACCCCGUCGCGUCGAAUUAGCGGAUCUUAUCGGGGGUCCGGUAAUAAAACAACCAGUGCAAAAUAUGGGAAGAAGAAGCUACCUAAUGCCCUCAUUGUGGGCGUUAAGAAGGGGGGCACCAGAGCUGUCCUUGAGUUUAUUCGGAUUCAUCCGGAUGUGAGGGCAGUGGGGACAGAGCCGCAUUUCUUUGAUCGAAAUUAUGACCGAGGUUUGGACUGGUACAGAGGCCUCAUGCCACGGACUCUGGACAGUCAGAUCACCAUGGAGAAGACGCCCAGCUACUUCGUGACACGGGAGGCGCCCAGACGCAUCUCCAGCAUGUCCCGGGACACCAAGCUGAUCGUGGUGGUCCGCAACCCGGUCACGAGGGCCAUCUCCGACUACACUCAGACGCUGUCCAAGCGGCCCGACAUCCCCAGCUUCGAGGCGCUGGCCUUCAAGAACCGCAGCCUGGGCGAGGUGGACACCUCCUGGAAUGCCAUCCGCAUCGGGAUGUACACGCUGCACCUGGAGCACUGGCUGCAGUACUUCCGCCUCUCUCAGUUCCACUUUGUCAGCGGGGAGAAGCUGAUCACAGACCCCGCCGGAGAGCUGGGCCGGGUGCAGGACUUCCUGGGGCUCAAGCGCAUCGUCACAGACAAGCACUUCUACUUCAACAAAACCAAAGGCUUCCCGUGCCUGAAGAAGCCAGAGAGCAGCGGCUCGCCCCGCUGCCUGGGCAAGUCCAAGGGGAGAACUCACGUUCAGAUCGAUAGGGACGUCAUCGAGCAGCUCCGGGACUUUUACAGGCCUUUUAAUGUCAAGUUCUAUGAGAUGGUCGGACACAAUUUCAGGUGGGACUAG